AUAUACAUAAAAAUGGAGUGAUUUUUUUUAUAAACAGCUGUUGAUCCUUAUAUUAGUGGGAAAAAAGCAAUGCGCCCUCGCUGUAUACUUUGUAUUUCGAUUAAGCGAUAAAUCGAUGCAUGAGACAUUGCGAAGCGUUAACGAUAUCUCGCAAUAUUUCACGACGAAAGAAAAGCAUUGAAAAUAGCUGGCAAUCGACAAUAGCAAUAAAAAGAGACCAGCAAGUGGCAAAGCUGAGAAGAAGCCGCAAUUAGAGCUACCAAGUGUUAUUCAAUUACAAAAAUAUAUCAAAGAUACUAGGCAUUAGAAAAGCACGUGCGAAUUCGAUCGUUUGGAGCUUACAGCUGUGCGGACGUUGAAAAGUGUUAAAACGAAAAUUUAAUAAAGAUGUCGGGAUGGGUAACUUCGAGUUACAUCGUGUAUGGUACCUCGUUGGUCCUGCUAUCGAAAAUAGUUUACCGUAGUUAUCGUAUGAUCAAAAAUUGGUAUAAUCGCAAAUCCAUGGAAAAGGAAUUGUGGGCAUUAAUUUUGACCAACGAAUUAUCUCUAUCUUGUGUUGCGGAGCAUACGAAAACCACAAAUGGCUUUGCCGCCAUUUCAUCGAAUGACACAAAAGUUCCUAAUAAAAUAGAUAUCAUUGAAAGAGGACCCCUAUGUUCAAAUCCAUAUUGUGUGGAUUCGAAUGUUCGCAUUAUCGUAGAUUUGCUAAAUGCGACAAAAUAUUCCAUAGAUAUAGCCAUGUACAUGAUUGGUUCAAUUCCGAUAUCGGAAGUUUUAGCUGAGGCAUCAUUGCGACGCGUUGAAGUUCGUGUAAUAACUGAUAACUCUGAACCUUCCUUGAUAAGUUCGGGAACAGAGUACUUACAGAAAUACGGUGUAAGGGUACGUUCCAAUACGCAGACAAGUGGAAAACUUAUGCAUCACAAAUUCUGUGUACUUGAUUCGCCCUCCCGUGUCAAGUAUUUACUGGAAAAGCAAAAUACGUUAUUUGUGAAGAAAUCGGCAGAAAUUGAUAAAAUAAGCAGCAUUUUAAUGACAGGCUCUUUAAAUUGGAACGUGCGGGGUUUCUCCACCAAUUACGAAAACAUUUUGCUAACUAAUCAAAAACAAAUGGUACAAAAAUAUUCAGAUGAAUUUCAACAUAUGUGGAAAUUGUUUGACCCAACCAAUGAACAUGCAGAUUGACACUAAUCCCAAUGCUCUAAUUCAUUGUAUGCGCAUAAACGACUACAGAAAUAGAAGUUUUCAGCAAUUCUGAAGACUUAUUUGAAUUGAUUGAUGAUAAUAAUGAUGAUACUUUGAAUUUGAUUCAUUAAUUAUUCAGAUUUAUUUCAAUUUACGAACUUUUGUUUUCUUAUUCCCUAAACUUAUCUAAAUUCGUAACUUUAGCUUAUAAGUUUAUUAUUAUAAACAUAAUAA